GCUGAUCCCCCUUCCCUUUCUUUCGGUGGUGUAUCACGGCGGUGGGUCGAGUCGCCGCCGCUGCUGUAGGUAUCUGCGGUCGGGCACGUUUAUCGUUUCACCCCGUUUACAUUUUCCCUUCAUAUAUCAAGCCCGGUUCCGUGCGUGGAUCGAUAUAUAAGAUGGCGGCGGUGGCCCGGCUGGAGGGUCGCGAGUUUGAGUAUCUGAUGAAGAAGCGGUCGGUGACGGUGGGUCGGAACUCGUCACAGGGCUCGGUGGACGUGAGCAUGGGCCACUCGAGCUUCAUCUCCCGUCGGCACCUGGAGGUCUUCACCGCCGCGGCGGAGGACACGGGCGGCGGGGACUUUUACCUGCGCUGUCUCGGGAAGAACGGGGUGUUCGUGGACGGGGUAUUUCUGCGCCGGGGGGCUCCACCCUUGCAGCUGCCUCGAUUGUGCACCUUUCGCUUUCCCAGCACCAAUAUAAAGAUCACCUUCACAGCGCUGGCCAACGGCAGGCGUGAGAAGACCGAACCAGAAUCUCCAGUCAAAGCCGUUCAGCCGCAAAUCUCCCCUCUUACCAUCAACAUACCGGAUAACAUCGCCCACCUCAUGAGCCCUCUGCCCUCGCCCACCGGCACCAUCAGCGCUGCUAACUCGUGUCCGUCCAGUCCUCGCGGUGCAGGGUCCUCUGGGUAUCGGAUGGGUCGAAUCGUGCCGGACCUGCAGCUUAUGAAUGAAAACUCUCAGUCUGAGAACGACAAAGAUGCCUCUGAAGGCGACAGUCCAAAGGAUGACUCGAAACCUCCAUACUCGUACGCUCAGUUGAUCGUUCAGGCGAUCACACUGGCACAGGACAAACAGUUAACACUAAACGGCAUCUACACGCACAUCACCAAGAAUUACCCGUACUACAGGACAGCAGAUAAAGGCUGGCAGAAUUCGAUUCGACACAACCUGUCCUUAAAUCGGUACUUCAUCAAAGUCGCACGUUCUCAAGAAGAGCCAGGCAAAGGUUCGUUCUGGAGGAUAGACCCCUCGUCUGAGAGUAAACUGGUGGAGCAAGCGUUCAGGAAACGCAGGCCGCGGGGAGUGCCGUGUUUCAGGACCCCGCUUGGACCCCUGUCAUCCAGAAGUGCUCCUGCAUCGCCCAAUCACUCUGGAGUGCUUUCUGCUCACUCCAGUGGUGUGCAGACCCCUGACAGCCUAUCACGAGAGGGCUCACCUGUUCCCAUGGAGCCAGAGCCCGCCCCUGCCCCGCCCCCUACCGCUGCUAACAUCCAACCCAAACUAGCUGUGAUUCAAGAGACUCGUUUUGCUCCGAACACUGCAGGGUCUCCCAUCACCGGUCAGCCGGUUCUUAUCGCCGUCCAGCGUCAGUUAGGCCAGACCAUGAAACCCGUCACGUACGCCGUGGCCACACCCGUCACGUCUUCAACGUCUGCGCAGGCGCUGAUGCAGACGGUGCAUGUGGUACAUCAGAUCCCCGCCGUGACACUCGGCACAGUCAGCGGCAACCUGCAGCCCACCAUUAAAACAGAGAUGCAGGAGAACGGAGAACCGGAGGAGGUCAAAGUGAAGGUAGAGCCACUUCCUGCUAUCACUCACCCGUCCAUCAUAGGCUCGGCCAAUAGAAUCAUUCAGAGCAGCUCUGCAGCCACGCCCCUCCAGACGGUCACCAUAGUGCAGCAAGCCCCACUGGGUCAGCACCAACUGCCAAUCAAGACUAUUACCCAAAACGGCACUCAUAUGAUGCCCAUCGCCACCGCGAUACAGAGCCAGGCAAACUCGGUGUCAAGUCCGUUACACCUGUUGGCCGCUCACGCCUCCGUGUCCGCCUCCCUCCCUACAAAGCGUCAGAACGGGGAAAAGGCGAGCGAUCCGCCGGAGAGCAAAAGAAUAAAAACGGAGGAAGAAGAACAAAAAAUGACCUCUGACCCGAACGGAAACGGCACAGAAACAGACUUCACCAACCAGCGCUCCAACCACGACUAGUUCAUCAUUAAACGUCACCAUCGUCUCCACCCGCAAUCACUUUUUAGCGUUUAUCUGCCCUGACAGUUUUUAUUCCGUACGGCUCACAGUGCCAAAACUGAAGCUUUUACAUCGAACGACCGUCAUCAAAGCUACCGUGCGAUCUCAUGUCAAAAAAAAGAAACCCAUCAGCAACGACCGCACGGACAAGCAGUCAACUUGUGUCUGUUAUUGUUGGAUUAUGAUGUUUAUUCACAGAUCUCCUUCGAGCAGCUGCCAGUCCUUCAGUUUAUUUUUUUUUACUUGAGAGCCCGAUUGAACAAAACAACAGAGCGACUGCCAUCUGGCCCGUAACAUCGGCCAUUUUAUUACAAUCUCGCAGAUGAAAGCAUUCGAUUCUGUUCUGAUGUUUUAACGAAUCACACGUUGGUCCUGGAGGUUUUGUGAUGCCCUCAAGCAUCCUCUCCUGCAUCACAUCUGGCAAAUUCCAGGUCCGGUUUCGGUACCCAGCAAAUUCCAGGAGCAUCACGGCACCGUGUGUUGUUUACACUCGAUGGAGAAAUCCAGAAUACUGGCACCAGGAAUCUGAAUUUCUUUGCGCUGACGUAGGCCUGAAUCCAACAUUCCAACAUGCGGUGGACCGGAAUGACAUCUUGGAAUUGAACGGUGUUUUGAAAUGAACCACAUUUUUUCCCAAUCCAGCGUGAAUGUGUGUUGUGUUUUUUGUAUUAGCGAGUGCUAGGGCUGUUUGUGGAGACCUGUCUCAGCCAAAGGGAUCGAAAUAUUCCUCGACGUAUCCGAUUUAUUCCCAAAAUUACGGCAGCUAGACCAUCGACAGCAUCCCCCACACGAAUUCCUGCAGCCGUCGUAGUGGAUUUAUGCAGUAUUUCCUCGUCAUAGGAUCUGGACGUUUUUCAUGAUAGAGACAUUUAAAAAAAUCAACAAUAAUUAUAUAUAUAUGAACAUAUAUAUAUAUAAGCAACAUAUGAGCGGAAGAGGUUAUUCGGAAAGUUGUAUGUGGACUGUGUCUCUUCUGUUUUGUGAAACGACGUCAUUUCUUUUGUAAAAUGGAAAAACGAUGAAUCAGUGGAUUAUUUCCUUUGUCUUUUUGAUUUUUUUAAUCUGUCGAAUCUAAGCAAACUGACUUUUUUACACGGACAUAUUUUCAUAUUUUCACGGAGAUGGACGUGUCAUUUUCAUGUGUAGUUGAGCUGAUCACGUGAUGGACUAGAUGAACAUAACUGAGCCGUCGAUUAAACGAAUAAACCCCCUCCCCAAAAAAAGAGGACCUGCUUUGAAUCAGACCAGAGCUGCACUUGAUUUAAGUUUUUGUUUGGUUUAUUCCCUCCGUCUGUUUUCUUACUUUUUAUUUGGAGGCUGUUGUGGUGAAGGCCGACUCUGUUCAGACCUGCGAGUCUAUCUACAGAUUAUAUAUGUUUCAAACAAAAGCAAAAAACGAGAUUGAUGUUUGUUCUGCUUCAGUGGGUAAAUGCUUUUUUUGUUUUUUUAUAAAUUAAUUUAAACCUUA